GUAGAGAGAUGAAGACAGUGGGGGGAAGACAAGCUGCUGGUUUGGCUAUUUGGGGAAGAAUGGAGACGUGUGAAGUCUUUGCAAUGGCUUGCUCUGCUCUCUCUUCUUUUGAUAUCAGAAAACCAUCUUCCUUGGCUGACAAAGUGUGACGCCUCAGUGAUGCCGCCAAAGGUGUCCGUCGCCGCCUCAAACGAUGGCGCGCUGCCUGAAGACAUGUUGCGUCACAUCCUCGUGUGCCUCCCCACGAAGGCGGUGUGCCUCUUCCGAGCGGUUUGCCAAUCCUGGAGGUCCCUCCUCUCGGAUCCGCUCUUCGUUGCAGCCCACAAGUCCUGUCACCCUGGUCCACUAAUCGUCACAUGUAACUGUGAGAUGUUUGAAAGAGGCACCAUUAACUUAUUGGACUUGUCUGGCCAUGUCGUUAAGCGGAUAGCCACCACCAUGAAGGAUGCCAGGAUGGUGCGCACACGCCGCCUGGACCUUAUUUGUGUCACCGGACGUAAGGGCUGCCAUGUGAUCAACCCUGCCACGGGUGAUACCUUUGCAUUGCCCAGUCGCCGCGCAAAGGAGCAUGCACAUGUGCAACAUUUCUUCCCACAAUCGUUUGACUUUGGACAGGUUGUCUCCACGGGAGAAUACAAGGCCCUACGCUGUGUUAGCAUAGAUAAUUCCGAUCAUGAGUCCAGCCCGAUGCUCUGUGAGGUCAUCACCCUUGAUGAUGGUCGCCAUGCAAGAUGGAGGGGAAAACAGGGCCCUCCGGCCCCUGUCACAAGUAACCAUAACAGAAGUAUUGUUGUCAAUGGAGUAGUUUAUUUCUUGUUGGAUUUUCUAUACAAACGUUUCACAUUUUCUGGGGCCCGUGUGAAACCGGGUAGCAUGGCUUUGUUCAACCUUGAGACAGAGGAGUGGAUGGGGAUUGUCCAAGGUCCAACUCCAGUGCGCAGCUUUGUUAAGGACAGCAGUGGCAGGUGCGGUUACUUUAGUCUAUACUCGGAUCUAUCACUGGCAAAUUUGGAUGGGUUCCUAGUCAUGGCACACAAUCCUGAAGGUUGCUCUUUGGACUUAUGGUUUUUGAUGGAUAUUGAGAAAUGUCUCUGGAAUAAAAGGUACAGCUUGGAUUUCCAGCCUGAAAAUCUCUUUGCUCAACCCUUGGAAAUUCUAAAUGACGGGAAGAUAAUCCUGUCUGCAUCAGGAUCACUAAGACUAUAUAACCCAAUUACCAAGACUUACAUUGAUUUUGGGAUGAGAAAUUCCACAUCAGUUGGUACUUACACUGGAAGUCUGUUGUCUUCAGAGAGCACCUUCACUUCUGAGGCUGAACGUUGCACUACCUGUGGCUGCUAUUUCACCCUCGAAGCCGGCCAACAUGAUGUAACCUGUCAAGAUUGUAUGUAUGAAGCCAUGUUUGCACGACGGUGACCUUCCCGGGCAUCUUUUCACUAACGGCCCGUAUUGGCUUUAUGUGUAUGUGAACGGCGCUGCACACCAUUUUUGCAUUUGGAGGGCUGCCGGCGUAACUGGACAUCCAUUAGGCUUUCACCAAUUACCAAUGCCAAUAGACAAUUUCAAGUAUGAUCCAACAGAUUGUGUUCUCAUAUGUCAGCCUAGUUGGGUCUUAGAGAACACUGUUGCUAGCCUGUUUUCUUCUUCUUGAUGAAGUUAUGCAAGAAAAUAUGCUUUGACUGA